CUAGAUCUAAUACUAGUCUAGAAUAUAGAAUUAUAGAGCCUAGAUGAUAGAUCUAAAGUCCAUAUAGAGGCCUAUUUCUGAUAACUACAAAAAAAUUCAAGUUCUGGAUUAGAUCUAAAAUCUAAUUGUCUAAUAGAUCUAGAUUUUACAUGUUAGAUCUAUAUCUGUUUCUCUAUUAAAUUGAGUAGAGGUUUUGCUUUUCAAUGGAUGCUGAAGAUGCAGCUGAUGUUGAACGCUACAUUAGAGAUAAACGUCGUGCUGAGACCAAAAAUAAAUUAAAUGAAGUUGCCCAACUUUGUAACUGUAUUGGAGAAAUCUAUUCAAAAUAUGGUCGUUAUGUAGAUGCAAUACAAGAACAUACCCAAGAGAGACAACUGAGUGAGGUGUUAAAUGAUAAAAUUGGAGAAGCUAUUGCUUGCCGUAAGAUUGGGGAGUGCCAUUGUGCCCUCGGACAGUUCACAGAAGCUCUUGAGUUACAAAAAAGGCACCUUACUCUGGCAAGGGAGUGUGGAAAUCACUUAGAAGAGCAGCGAGCAUGGGCUACAAUAGGCAGAACAUAUCUGUGCCAGACAGAGACUAGGAAUCUGCAGGAAGCAGCGAUAGCUGGCAAGAAGGCAGAAAAAGCUUUUGUCAAGGCCCUUGAAAUGUGUGAAAAGAUAAAGAGUACUGUCAAACUUGCAGAGUACAUGGCCAUGAAGGGACGGCUGUAUUUAAAUCUAGGUCAUGUUUUCGAUGCAAGAGGGGAUGUAGCUACAAGUGCUGAUAUGAUGAAGCGUGCAGUCUCAAUUGCUCAAAAGUUUAAGUUGGAGGAUGAGCUGUACAUGUGUAAUGUAGGCCUGGCCACAAUGUAUCAGAAGAACUGCCAGUACAGUCAAGCACUAAGGUUCCUGGAAGUGGCCCUGAAGCUAGCUGACAAGCUCAGGGAUAAGGUCAGAGAGAGGGAGUUGUUUGUACAGAAGGCCAAGGUGCAUGUCUGUGUGGGUGACUUCCUCGCUGCUAAACAUUGUUUAAAGAAAGCUCACAAACUGAAAGUGGACUCUGAAAUUAGUGAAGAGGUUCUCACAAAGAUAUUUCAAUCAGUGAACAAAAUGCAGGAGGCUGUGCAAGAUAUUGAGACAGAAACAGAAGAAAAGAAACUGUCCAAACAUCUUGAGAUCGUAGCUGACUGCUGUGCAGAGUUAGGGAAUUACAAUGAAGCCAUAGAAAAUUAUUUGAAAGUGCUUCAGUAUGCUAGUCUUAUGAGUAGCGAGGAGAGGGCUGCUAUCUAUAUAUCUCUUGGCCAAACCUAUGCUGAUUUACAACAGUAUGAUAAUGCUAUCCUGUAUUAUAAACAGGAAGUGGCAGAGAGGAAGGAUAACUUUGAACAGUCGUGUCAGACAUUGUUGAACGUAGCCGAAUUGGAGGAGUUAAAAGGUUCCAAGUACACAGAGGUCUGUAAAGUCUAUAUGUCAGCAUUUGAAGCCGCCAAAAAGGCAAAGAGUCCCAAACUACAGGUCCAAACACUUAAGUCCCUGAUAAGUCUACAAAAGGCUUGCAAGCAAACAACCCAUCUUCAGGAAACUGAAAAGAAGUUAGCUGCUGUCACAAAAAAGUACAACCUCCGAUCAAGUAGUGACAGUCAGAGUGAUGAUGACAGUGAUAAGUUGUCAGAUAAACAAGAUGAUGGAGGCAACAUCAGUUUAUCAGAUCUUACAGUAUCAGAUGAAUCUGAUGGAGACCCAGGUAACUCACUCAGUGAUGUACCAGUUGGACGCAAGAAGUCCAAACUUGCUCGGAGAAAUGAAAAAGGUGAAACACCACUCCACAGAGCUUGUAUAGAAGGCAACUUGAAGAAAGUCAAAUCUCUCAUUAGUGAGGGACAUCCAGUCAACCCUAGAGACUACUGUGGGUGGCUGCCGCUGCAUGAGGCUUGUAACCAUGGCCACACAGCCGUUGUGGAGCACUUGCUGGACUGUGGGGCAUGGAUCAACGACAGAGGCGGGGACAGGUGUGGUGGAGUGACUCCCCUUAUUGAUGCUGCUAACUGUGGAAACCUGGAUGUUGUUCGACUACUUGUUGACAGGGGAGCUAACUUGAUGGCUAAAGAUGAUGAUGGAAACACAGCCUUAGACAGCCUGCAAGCCUGGUACAGCCGAACUUGUGACAUGCUGGGGGCAAGAGAUGAACUCGAUUAUCAGACCACUGAAACACUUUUACAUAAUAGAAUGGGUAAAGAAAAGAAUUUCUCUACCAUUGUGAAGCCCAAAGUUAGUUCACCUCAGAAAAGCAAGUCAAAAGUCUUAGAAAAAAAGAUAAAUGUUCGUCUUCCAGACUUGACAGAUGAUAGUGAUGAGAUUGAAGAUGAAGUGACUAACACACUGAAAGCAACAGUUCAAGACAAGAGGAAAAAACUAAAUGUUUUGAAGAAAAAGCGAGAGAUUCACUUUUCAUCUACCAAAGAGAAAAAACGCUCGUCUUUUGAUGAUGACUGCCCUGACAUGGACUCUUUGCAUCCUGGAAUUUUGUUAUCAACAUCCUCCAGUGACAUAGAUGAUGCAGCACACUUCUACCAGUCUGCAAUGGACUAUGUGGGCAGCUCAGCUCAGAAGAGGUCAGAAAUAGACAAUAAUUUAGUGCAGGUUGAGGACAAAGGACAUUUAACUUCAAGUUGUCUUCCUGCUUUGGUCAAUGCAAAUGAGGAUGUCGGAGACAACUGGUUGAUUGAUGACAUGAAGGCACCUAAGAAUAAAAGAAAAAGUGCCGCAGCUAGUAAGAUAAUGAGUACAAGCUCUGUAAGAGCCAGCAAUCUGAAUAAGAGAUCACGCUCUGCUGAAAUGAAAGAUAGUUUUACUCCUUUUAGGAAAAAAAGAAGCAUGUACUGUGCUAAAGUAGAUUCAUUGAAAGACAACACAGAUUCCAUUUAUCAUCCUCCAAGAGUCAUGGAAGCAAGUUUUAAUGACAGUUCCAAUGAAGCUUGCCCUGUUUCUUCAUCAACAGAAAGUACUUCUGGUGUCCAAAAGUUGCAAGGAGAAGCAGAGGCAGAGUUUUGGGAUUCUGAUGAUGAGAUGCUAAGUCAUGUUGAUACAUUUUGUGAAGAACCAGCCAUGGAUGUAUCAGCCAGAGAAUCUUCUCCAGUUUUGUUGAGCAGGGUAAAUAUUCCAAGAAAUAACCAGUGUGAUAAAGUUAAUAGUGUUGAAUCUUUCAUAUCCCAUAAGCCAGCUGAUAACCUUGCUCAGGAUAUGUUUUUCAGUAAAACUUCAGAUCUGCUGAAAAAAAUCGCUCUAGCUUGCCAAGAAAGUGUUGCUGUUGAACCGCAGCCUUUAUCCCAAGCUCUUGCUGAAGACGUGGCAGAGAAGCCUUCAUACAAAAACAGCUUGAGGGUGAAGGUGAAGUUUGGUGAGCAGACUCUUCUAAUACCAAUCCAGCCUUCAGACCAGAGCAAGAACAUAGCCUGGCUUACAUUGCAAGCUCAGCAGCGUUACUUCAACAUGUUUCUUCUGCUUCCCACCUUGACAUUUAGCACACAGGAUGACACUAUACUGUGUCCUGGUGACACCAUCAGCACUGUGCUACAGGACAAUGACAUAUUCACUGCCAAUGUCAGCUCUUGGGAAAGGCCCAGGCUGGAACUGAGAUAUGAACAAGCGUGCAAGCUCAGCCUUUCUGAGCCCAACAAAAGUGUUGGCGCUGCCCUAAAGCAGUGUGAUGCUUCCGGCCGUUUAGAGCUAAAAGAUUUGUCUCUGGGUACUUCUGGUUUACAUCCUGUUUUCCAAGCACUGGAAGGGCAGAAAACUUUAACAGAACUAUGCCUCAGUGGCAACCGACUUGGAGAUUCAGGGUUGACUUCCUUGAUGAAAGUCAUCCCGAGCCUUCCUGUGUUGAAGGUGCUAAUUUUAGAUACCAAUAACAUUUCGGCAGAAGGCAUCCAGAUUAUUUCUCUGGCAUUAAAAAGUGAACUCAGUCUGCAGUCUUUGAGCCACCUGAGUCUGGCCCACAAUUGUUUGGAUGACAUUGCAUCAGAAACUUUGACUGCCCUUUUGAAGAACUUGCCAGAGCUCAAGUCAUUAAACCUUUCAGCUUGCAGUUUUACAAACAAAUUGUUUACUUCAACUUUCUGUGAGGCUUUGAGAGGAUGUAAAUUAGAGCAUGUCAGUGUAGCAGAAAAUCAGAUCAAGCUGGAAGGAGUGAGAGCCUUGCUCAAGUCAUUACAUACUUGGUGCCUGCAUUCUCUGGACAUUUCACACACCCGCAGCUCUUGUGAUGGAGAUCUGGGAGUGGAACUGGAGAAGUUUUUGUCUGACCAAAGUUGCCACUUGGAAGCGUUGUCUGUUUCAGGGUGUCACUGGUCUGAGUCAGAUGUUCUUUUGCUCAAUAGAUUAGCAACUUCCUGCAAGACACUCCGCUCUUUACAGUUAUCCCAAAACCAGAACAUCAACAACAAAACCCUUCAAAAGCUCCUUUACUUGUGCUGUGGCAGUGGACUAGAAGAGCUGGUGGCCCGUGGCUGUUCUGUGACAUCACCUCUUGGUGGGGAAUUCAUAGAUGCUUUUAAAAUUAAAAUGUCCAGCAGCCGACCCUUGAAGAAAUUUGUUCUGUCUUGCAGGACUUUGCAGCCCAGUGAAGCAUCAUCUCUCUGUGAUAUAUGGAAGGAGACAUGGAAGCUCCAAGGUGUUAUGAAAAUAAUUGGUGCUGCCAUCUCAUUAACUGUUUCCUCUUGAAUUGUUUUAGCUUUAAAUCUUUGUUACAUUUUCAGAUGUAGAAUUCUUGUGGAUGGGAUUUAAGAGUUGCUUGUUAGUCAUUAUUGUAGGAAUGACUUGAGUUUCACAUCGAAGUAGCAGCAUCCCCUGUGCUUAACUCCUGUGGUUAAAUAGUGAGCGCAGUGAAAGGUUAAAUAGUGAGAGUGAUUUGAUGAGCUUGAGAUAAAGUAAUUCUGUGUUGUUCCAUGCUCCUGAUGUUCCACUUCAUGUUUGAUGUGGUUCUGGUAAACUUUAGACUACACUUGGACUUAGUCCAUAGUGUCUAAAAUUCUUUACAGGUAGAUGGAAUGUAAAAAAAUAGACCUGAUUGUUUAUCACAACUAAAUAGACCUUAUUGUUUAUCACAACUAAAUAGACCUGAUUGUUUAUCACAAGUAAAUAGACCUGAUUGUUUAUCACAACUAAAUAGACCUGAUUGUUUAUCACAACUAAAUAGACCUGAUUGUUUAUCACAACUAAAUAGACCUGAUUGUUUAUUACAAGUAAAUAGACCUGAUUGUUUAUCACAACUAAAUAUACCUGUCAGCUAACUUUCAAAAUAGGAGCAUAAAUAUAUAAUUUCCUUAAGUCAUCAGAAAAAAAAAAAAAGCUGUAUUCGGAGGGGGAAAAAAAAUAAUAGUGCAGAUUUUAACAAAGGUAGUUUAAAAAAUAUUCGUUUGACACAUGAAAAAUCCUAUUUGACUAUUAUAGCUUACAUCAACUCACUCUGUCUGUCUGGUAAAACGUUUGUACACAUUAUUUCUCCCACACACAAUCUAGAAUCAAAGUGAAAUUUUGCACUAUUAUUUCUGGUACCUGACAAAACAAGAAUCAAUU